UGAUCAAAUCUUUCUCACAAAACAACACACUGGGAUCGGAGAGUUUCCAUAAGCCAUCGGCUAAUAUUUUCGUCUGAUUAACGUACUGUGGAGGACUAGGACUGGGGCUGUGUUAGAUUUUUGCGGUGAUUUCGUCGGCCAAAAAGGGGUUUUGAGAUUCGGGUUGUUCUGAUUAGAUUCUGUUGAUGGGUUUAGGGAAUAAUGCAAAGAAAUGUACUUUCGGUGAUAAUGAUCUCGCCGACGACGGCGUCGGAGGAGCCGAUUGCGAUUCUCGCGACGGUGAUGAUGGUUUUGACUCGGUUGCCUGUUCGAUUUGCCUCGAGACGGUCGCGAAUCACGUUGAUCGAUCGUGGGCUAAGCUUCAAUGCGGCCACGAGUUCCAUCUAGAUUGCAUUGGCUCGGCAUUUAACGCAAAGGGGAUGAUGCAAUGCCCCAACUGUCGGAAAAUAGAGAAAGGGCAGUGGCUUUAUGCAAAUGGAUGCCGGCCAUUCCCGGAUGAUUGGCCUCGUGAAGAAGACAUGUAUGAUCCACCCUACUCUGAAAUGUCAUUUGGGGUCUGGUGCCCUUUCGGGAGCAUAGGGCGCCUUCCUUCUUUUGAGGAUGCAGAAUUCUCGCCAAGUUCAUGUAAGUCUGUUAUCAAAUCAAUCAUUUUCUGUAUUUCUUUGUGUUAUCCUCUGCAUCGAAUAACCGAGUUUGAUAAGUAUCUCCAUACAGAUGACGAUCUCUUGAGCCAGCAUGGUUUCUUCACCGAACCAGCGGCUUCCUCAGCAGGUCACCCUUGUCCAUACAUAGCCUACUUCGGUCCGCUCUCAAACUCCGCUGCUCCGGGUGUUUCAGACAGCUCGAAUUUCAGUAGUCACUGGAACUCUGCUUCAUCGGCUGGCGAAGUGCCUGUGUCCUAUGGCUUUGCAGCUCUGGAUCCACGCUAUCACGGUUGGGAUUACCAUUCGCCGCCGUUCUCUGGGCCGGGCACUCACAUUGGCAGGCCGCCUCUGCCUACAGCUCCAAGGACUGCACGGGCGAGCUUGGACUUGCUCAGACCCAGGCCUCCUCAUUACAUGCGCCCUUUAAUCAGUCACAGUGUCGACGGGAGAUCAGUGGCUGCUGCCCAGAGGGCCCCAGGCAGCAGUGCAAGGACCCGUGACAGAGUACAUGCCCUUCAAGCUUACUACCAGCAGUCCCACCUGAUCGAUUUACCUGUAUACCCAUCUGGUCGCCGAAGAGGAAUAUCUUCAGGGAUGGGAUCAACAUCAACAGGAACAGCAACAGCUUCUUCGCCGGACCAGACGGGUGGGUUCAUUCGGUUUAACGUAUGGGAGAGAGAUCGGUUUCUGCAGAUCAAUGGAGACUCCUCGUACAGGUGGACGACCGCCUUCUUGGAAGGAUUCCACCACAGAUAUGGGGGCGGCUUUUCAUAGAAACACAAACAUUUCCUCCUGAAACUCUUUAAAAGGAAAAACAACAACAACAUUGGUAUAUGAUGAUGAUUUGAGAAACACAAAGACGAGACAAUGGUAUGUAAACGGCUACGUGGGUCGAGCCGGUUCGGGCUGAGGGUCUCGUGUGGGUCACUGGCCAUUGUGGGUAGUGAUAUUUAAUCCUCUCUCUUCAAACUCUUGCUUCCGACAAGUUUGUGUUAA